GCUUUCCCUGUUUGCAUUGGUUUGUCAUUAUAGGAGGUGCAGCCGUUUAUUUUUCAUCCAUUGGGAAUGCGAAACUCCGGACCGUAUAGAAACAGUGCAUGCAUGCCAGUGGAUCACAUUAUCUGAAUUGUGUGGAUUAAAUUCCUUGGUUCAUUAACGGCGUAGACGGUUAUAGGGUGUAAAACCAAACAGUCUCGACGAGGUUCCUGUCUCAGCCGCCCGUCAGUAGCUGUGGUGCCAUGGCGCGUCGGUAGCCUCCCUCCCUGCGAUUGGUGUCACUCGAGAGGCUGGGAGGUCUGGCCAUGUGGCGCUGCCUGUUGGCAUUACGCGGGACCGUGUCCCGUGAGGGACGGUCCUUUAUUACUCCUGGUGCAGGCAAGCGUAUGCCGCAUUUAAUAACUACGCCAGUGAAAUCUCUUUGCAGUGGAUCCAUUAAGCUAAGAGCAUCAUCCAAAAUGCCAGAGAUCAGCAUGGAUGGUCUGGAUGAGAAGCAGGUGCAGCUCCUUUCGGAGAUGUGCAUCUUGGUGAACGAGGACGACCACAAGAUCGGCGCUGAUAGCAAGAAGAACUGUCACCUGAACUCCAACAUUGAUAAAGGGUUAUUGCACAGGGCGUUUAGCGUCUUCCUGUUUGAUACCGAGACGAGGCUGCUGCUGCAACAAAGAUCAGACUCCAAGAUAACCUUUCCAGGUUGCUUUACCAACACUUGCUGUAGUCACCCUCUUCAUACACUCAGUGAGAUGGAGGAGACCAAUGCGAUUGGGGUGAGGAGAGCAGCACAGAGGAGGCUGGGAGCAGAAUUUGGGAUCCCCCUGGAGCAGGUUCCUCCAGAGGAGAUGACUUAUCUGACCCGGAUACACUACAAGGCCCAGUCCAACGGGACCUGGGGUGAGCACGAGAUCGAUUAUAUUCUCUUCAUGCAGAAGGACGUCGAUCUGAACCCAAACCCUAACGAGAUCAAAAGCCACUGUUACGUAACCAGGGAGCAGCUGGAAGGGAUGCUGGAAGCUGCCAGGAGACGGGAAGUAGAGAUCACGCCCUGGUUUGGUCUCAUAGCGGAGGCCUUCCUCUUCAAGUGGUGGGAUAACCUGCAGUUCCUGGGAAGCUUUGUAGAUCAUGGGAAAAUCCAUCGAAUGCGAGUCGGUAAUGUGGGUAUUCAGCUGUAAACAUGUAAGCUUUUCUGGUGCCUGUGUUCCUCCAGGCAGCAACAUCUGAAAUAUGUUGGUUAGAGGGCUUGUUUUUUUGGAUCACUAUAAAGGCAGGUAUCACUGAGAUGGUUAAUCACCAAAGUGUAAGUUAAAAUUAAAAAGAGAGUGAACUUUUUUAAAUGAAAUCGUAAAUCCUGAAUAAAUGAUAUUGUGACUUAAGUAAA